CCGUGGUUUUACUUUUCUUAGUAUCCUGCCGCAUUGUUCGGCAUCUUAGCGUUGGUCGGGCUGAUUUUGCUUGCAUAGGGCUCCGGUCCACACCAUUCCACGCAAAGCAUCCAGCCUACCUUCCAAUGCUCAGCCUUCAAGCAACCACGUGCUGCCACACAUUUCGGGGCUAUACCUCGUUGCAUUCGUAUGUGGCAUACCGUUGUGGCAAGGACGUGAAACGCGUGACGCGACGUGUUGGCGUGCGUGUGGCAUGCUCACACGUGCCGACGAGUGGCAGCGACAGCGGUGGUGCCUCAGUACUCGCCAGCACGCCCUCCCCGAGUCCAGUUGCCACCAGCAGCUGGGAAAACGCAAACGGCAACGACAACGGCAGCAGCACUGCCGGAAGCAACGUAAGUAGCAGCAACACCAACGGAAACGACGCUGGAAGCGUCGCUACUGCAUCUGCUAGUACAGCUGCUACCGCACCUUCUACCACCAGCAGUAGCAAUGAGAACACCACCGGUAGCACGGAUUGGAGGUGGGAGGCGAGCGAUGACGCUGUUAGGGCGUACGGCAGUCUAGUGGCGUUGCUACUGGCUGGCAGCCUGCCUGUUUUCCACAGUGCCAAGAUGGCAGAUGUGCCGUACUUUGUCGGCCUUGCGCUGACCACUAUCUACAUCGGGGCUCAUAAGGGCCUUACAACACGGCAACGGCAACAGAUCUCGCUCAAAGAGGGCGCGCUGGCCCCCCUUCUCGCCUCCGCGUCGCUCUUCGGCUUCUACCUGCUCCUGAAAUACCUCCCAGACCUGAACGUCCAAGUGCUGCUGAACGCGUAUUUCUGGGCGCUCGGGUGCUUCGCGGUUGGGGGAGCGGCAGUGCCCCUGCUCAGACGGGUGGGCGGCCCGCUGGGGUCGCCUAGCAUUCGGUUCGGGCUGCCGGAGGGGCUGUUAAAGGACGAGGCGGGGAACGACAUACGACAUGCUCAGCUCUCCCCCACUGACAUCCUGGCAGUGGCCCUAGCCCUGCUCCUCCCCUCCGCCGAGCUCGCAUCCGGCCACACCAACUUCAGUCUCAACAACCUGGUGGCGUGUCUCAUCGCCUCCGACAUCCUGCAGCUCGUGGGGCCCAGGAGCUUCCGUACGGCAGGGCUGCUGCUGACGGGGCUGCUGCUGUACGACGUGUUUUGGGUGUUUGGCUCGCCCAAGGUGGUGGGCGACAACGUAAUGCUGGCGGUCGCCACUUCGGACCUGGUGUCCGGACCCACUCGCAUCCUCUUCCCGCGCCUGCCGGGCGGCGGCAGCAGCUCCCUCGAGGCUGCGGCAGCCGCCUUCCCCUUCUCGUUGCUGGGUCUGGGUGACAUAGCGGUGCCUGGGCUGCUGGCUUGCCUGGCCCUCAGGUACGAUGCAUUCCGCGUGACUGAUAUGCGGGCCCGGGCGGUGGGGGCUAAUGGCACUGACUUUGCCGAACCGAUACCGGAACUCUCCACGACGAACGUCGCAAAAGUAGAGACGUCUAGCAGCCAAGCACAGCAAUCCCAACAACAACAACAACAGGAGCAUCAAGAAUCAUUACUGAACACUCAGCGGCAACAGCACCAUCACAACCAUCACAACCAGCAACAAGGGCAUCUACCGGUUUCGGAGGUGGUCCUCCAGCAUCGCACCUACUUCACUCCCGUCUUGUUCGCCUACGUGCUAGGACUGUCAGCCGCAUUUGUUGCCAAUGACGUCACGGGUUUGGGUCAGCCAGCGCUCCUCU